CAUCGACGGACUCCCAUUACACAAAAGUUCUCGCAAUCAGUUUUGGCCGAUACUAAUGAGUAUUAAAGAGCUACCUGAAGUUCCAGUAUUAAUGGUUGGAAAUUUUUUGGGUGAGUCAAAACCUGCAAGUGUGGAGGAGUACUUACGACAGCUUGUAAAAGAGCUCAACGGAUUGAUGGAGAAUGGCAUACAAAUCGCCAAUAAGCUGAUCGAAGUACGCGUUUGGGCUUUCAUCGCUGACUCACCUGCACGAGCUUUUAUAAAAGGCGUGGUCUACUUCAAUCACAAAAAAGGAUGCCAGAAAUGUGCUGUUGAAGGAAAAUUUGACAAAACUGCAAGAGGAAACAACGCCACUUAUAGACCUUCUUCACUUCGAUAUCAUCGUUAA